AUGCGUAAUCAAUCCAUCAUUUCCCUUGCGCUGGUCGCAUUUGCCUCUACCUCCAUUGCUACUUCGGCUAUAGUUGAGAGAGGUAUGCCCAUUGGGGAUCUUCACGCUGCAAUCGUUUCCGCCGGCGCACAAUUCGACCAGCUAUCCGCACGAGGUCAAGCCGAAUUUGCCUCCCUUGCUGCCUCCGCAGUUGAAAGAGAUGUCGAGGCAAGAGCAGAUGCCACAUCUUUACUUUCACUCCUCCCUGCCGGGCACGGAUCUGCCAAAAGAGCCAAUGAUGCGACUUCCCUCCUCUCGCUCCUUCCUGCCGGUCAUGGUUCUGCAAAACGAGCAGAUGAUACUGGAUCGCUUCUCGCUCUUCUCCCAGCGGGUCACGGCUCUGCAAAACGUGAAGCAGAAGAAGAAGUUAAAAGAGCCGAUGGCGCCUCUGGCCUUCUUGCUCUCCUCCCAGCCGGUCAUGAGAAAAGAGCCGACGCCACUUCGUUUCUUGCUCUUCUUCCAGCAGGCCAUGGUUCCUCAAAACGUGAACCAUCCGAGGAAGAAGUCAAGCGAGCUGAGAAUGCCGCUGAUCUCCUUGCCGGUCUUCCAGCAGGUCAUGGCUCUGACAAGAGAGCUGAUGCAUCUUCUUUCCUUGCAUUACUUCCCGCGGGUCAUGGUUCUGGUUAG